UUACUCUAUACGAGUAUAUUAUUUCAUAAGAUUGUUUUUAACAAUUAAAUUGAUUAGAUAAGACUCGGCUGUUUAUAAAAAAAUACGAUAGGAGAAAGCUCAAAUGUUCGCAGUGUGGAUUACUACAUUACAAAAUGAUAACAUACAAAGUUUUAUUAAUUCUUUGGUUUUCUGUGAUAUAUUCUUUUUGUGAAAACUCCUAUUAUAAAGGUUCUGAUUCAAACAUUGAUGGCUUACAAAUUUAUGAGUUCAACAAAAGGUAUGUGCCUACAUGGGAAAGCUUAGAUAGUAGACCAAUUCCACCUUGGUUUGAUGAUGCCAAAUUCGGUAUUUUUAUCCACUGGGGUGUGUUUAGUGUACCAAGCUUUGGUUCAGAAUGGUUUUGGACAAACUGGGAAAAUGGAGUUCAAAAAUAUAUAGAUUUUAUGAAACAAAAUUACAAGCCAAGUUUUACAUACCAAGAUUUUGCUAGAGAUUUCACUGCAGAAUUUUACAAUGCUACUCAGUGGAGUGAAAUGUUUGAAGCAUCAGGGGCACAGUAUAUUGUUCUCACAAGCAAGCAUCAUGAAGGAUAUACACUAUGGCCAUCCAAAUAUUCAUUUAGUUGGAAUGCAAAGGAUGUUGGUCCACACAGAGAUUUAUUAGGAGAAUUAGCAACAGCAAUAAGGAAAAAUACAAAAUUAAGAUUUGGACUUUAUCAUUCAUUAUUUGAGUGGUAUAAUCCUUUGUAUCUACAUGAUAAAAAAAAUAAUUUUUCCACUAAUCUUUUUGUAACAAAGAAAGUUUUGACCGAAAUGAAAGAAUUGAUUGAAACUUACCAGCCAGAAGUGUUGUGGUCAGAUGGUGAUUGGGAAACCACAGAAAAAUAUUGGAAGUCUAAAGAAUUUUUAGCUUGGCUCUACAGUGAAAGUCCUGUUAAAGAAACUAUUGUGGUCAAUGACAGAUGGGGGCAAAAUACAUCUUGUCAACAUGGAGAUUUUUAUAAUUGUCAAGAUCGUUAUAAUCCUGGGAUUCUACAAAAGCAUAAAUGGGAAAAUGCCAUGACUAUUGACAAACGUUCAUGGGGUUUUAGAAGGAAUGCUCCAUUAGAAGAUUACUAUACUCUCAAAGAGCUCGUUAAAGAGCUUGUCAUUACCGUAAGCACUGGUGGUAAUCUCUUGAUGAACGUUGGUCCAACAAAAGAUGGUAUCAUAUCACCGAUUUUCGAGGAAAGAUUACGCGGCAUGGGACGUUGGCUAAAAACUAACGGCGAAGCAAUUUAUAAAACUAAACCAUGGAUAUUGCAAAAUGACACUAUAAAUAGCCAUGUAUGGUACACUAGUAGCAAAAUCAAUAAUGAUCUGUUUGCUACUCUACUUUCUUGGCCAAAUAAUAACACCGUAAGACUGAGUCUUCUUAUUAAAACUACUAAUAAAACAAAAAUAUCGCUUUUAAAUAGCCAAGAGAACAAACUGAAAUGGCUUCAAAAACCAGAUGCUCUUUACAUCUUCUUACCAGUUAUAGUUCCAACGGAAGAACCAGCUUGGGUAUUGCGUUUAACUAACUUGAAUGAGUGAAUAAUAAAAAGGACUUUUUCUAUGUUCUAUUUCUUUGUCUAUCAUAUUAAAAAAGAUAUAUUGAUUCAAUUCAUAUAUCUGUAUAAGUCACUUUUGUGGAAAACAAAAUCGGACAGGAUAGCCGUUAUUGAUAAGUUUACAAACUAUGUUCUAAACUUUUGAUAAAAUAUAUCAAGUCGCGAAUUACUAGAAAUAUCAUUUUUCUCGGGCUGGAAGAUUCUUAUUCAAAUGAUAGCACAGAUAACAAAGCUAUAUUCAUUCGAAACGAAAAACCGGAGUAGAUAGUAUUUUAUAGAAACUGAAUACUUGGAGAUUGUUACUGAAUAACAAUAUUAAACCUAU